UUUUCCCGCAAUAUUUUUCAUUCCCUGCCGUUGAUGGACCCUCGCCUACAUUAUCACCUGUCUCGUUCGUUUAACAGAUAAUUAGCCAACAUUUAAUUUAAUAGACGUGAUUGCUAAUUAACAAUAUCAAUAAUUUAUCUCCUGCAUUCUUUACCACGUUGAUCUUAAUAAUAUAAAUCAGCAUUCAUGGUAAAACCUAGAAUUUCUUACGAAGCCAUCAUUCGCUUCCUUGGCUAAAGUUCUGACUGCCUCAACGUUCUGCGACUUCGUUGCCGGAUCCUAUAUACCUAUUUCUUUACUACCCACCAGGGGCUAAACACAUAGGGGACAAACAAGGACAGACAAACGGAUUAAGUCGAUUACAUCGACCCCAGUGCGUAACUGGUACUUAUUUAAUCGACCCCGAAAGGAUGAAAGGCAAAGUCGACCUCGGUUUAAUUUCUGACUUGCUUGAACGUACUGCGACUUGUUCCUUGCUGGAUCUCUAUGUUACCUGCUUACUGUCAUUGUCCACCUUGGAUUUAUUGUGAUAUCUUCCUCCUCUACACUGGGUCUAUUAUAUAAUACAAUAUCAGAGGACAUUGGCAUGAGAGGAAUUUUACUGCAGAAGCGUCAUCAAUAUUUAUCAUAUUUUGAAGAUGAUGUUACACAGAACUGGAUAUAAGAACCCUGUUUAUGUAAAUUAACUGUGAAUUACAGUAAAAUAUUUCUUCUGAGUGACAUUAUUGGUGAAAUUUCUUGGAUUCACUCUGAAAUGAGUACAACCUAAAUUUGAAUUCUGAAUAAACUUGGAUAAAUUUAAAAAGACAUUUGCAACAUCUGAAGAUAUCAGCAAAGCUUAUAUUUGAUAAAAAUAUGGCAGUUGUAACAUUUGUUAGGAAUAAAAUAUAGAAACAAGAAGAAAGGACAUUUCCAGACCAUUUUGUUGAAGAAAACAAUUACAGAAAGAGGAAUUGUGUGAGAAUCUUGGAGUUUUGUUAGUUUUAGCUGCAGAGAUGCCAAAAGAAAGAGGAAAAUCUGUAUAUGACUGUGAUAUCUGUGGUAAAUCAUUCUCUGUGAAAGUUAACUUAGCUACUCACAAAUGUACUCAUACAGGAGAGAAGCCACAUCAUUGUGAUAUCUGUGGUAAAUCAUAUUAAAAAUAAACUUAAUCUAACUAUUAACAGAAAUAUUCACACACAGCAAAAACUAUAUCAGUAUGAUAUCUGUGGUAAAUCAUUCUCUCAAAACUGUCACAUAACUAAACACAAACUUACUCAUACACGAGAGAAACCAUAUCAUUGUGAUAUCUGCAGUAAAUCAUUCAUUCGCAGAAGUGCUGUAACUGUACAUAAACAUAUUCAUACAGGUGAGAAACCAUAUCACUGUGAUAUCUGUGGUAAAUCAUUCUCCAUGAGAGUUAACUUAGCUAAACACAAACUUACUCAUACAGGUGAGAAACCUUAUCAGUGUGAUAUUUGUGAUAAAUCAUUCGCUCGAAGAAGUGCUGUAACUGUACAUAAACGUAUUCAUACAGGCGAUAAACCAUAUCAUUGUGAUAUCUGUGGUAAAUCAUUUUCUAAUUGUAGUGGUUUAACAUGUCACAGACGUAUUCAUACAGGAGAGAAACCAUAUCACUGUGAUAUCUGUGGUAAAUCAUUCUCCAUGAAAUUUAACUUGGAUACACACAGACUUACUCACACAGGGGAGAAACCAUAUCAGUGUGAUAUCUGCGGUAAAACAUUUGCUCGAAGAAGUGCUGUAACUGUACAUAAACGUAUUCAUACAGGCGAGAAACCAUUUCAGUGUGAUAUCUGUGGUAAAUCAUUCUCUCGAGAUGGUAACUUAGCUGCUCACAAGGUUAUCCAUACAGGAGAGAAACCAUUUCAGUGUGAUAUCUGUGGUAAAUCAUUCACUCACAAAAGUGGUGUAAUUGUACAUAAACGUACUCAUACAGGUGAAAAGCCAUAUCAAUGUGAUAUCUGUGAUAAAUCAUUCUCUCAAAGUGGUGACUUAUCCACUCACAGAUUUAUCCAUACAGGUGAGAAACCAUACAACUGUGAUAUCUGCAGUAAAUCUUUCACUCAAAAGGGACAUUUAAGUAGACACAAAGGUAUUCAUUCAGGGGUGAAGUCACAUCAUUGUGACACCUGUGGUGAAUCAUUCUCUGAAAUAGAUCACUUGACCACUCACAGACUCAUUCAUUAGGAGAGAAACCAUGUCAUUGUGAUAUCUGUGGUGAAUGGUUCUCUCAAAUAAA